GAAGAGAGAGAGCGAGCGAGCGAGCAAGAGAGAGAGAGAGAGAGCGUGAGCAAGAGAGAGAGAGAGAGAAGGAGAGUCAGGGACAGGCAGUGCUGAAAAGGAGAGCACAAAGAGAAGGAAAGUGGAGCAGGGGAGGGGAACAGGAGGCUGGGUGAAGGGAGAGGGAAAGACAAAAGAAGGAGAGGGGAGACAUAGCAGGGUGAACGGAGGGGACUGAGCAAAUGGCUACGGAGGAGACGGCGGGGGGAGCCAGGAAAGCCACCAAGAGCAAACUGUUUGAGUUCCUGGUCCAUGGAGUGCGUCCUGGCAUGCCGUCUGGAGCGAGGAUGCCCCACCAGGGAGCUCCCAUGGGCCCCCCCGGCCCACCGUACGGAGGGAGCCCGGCGGUGCGGCCCGGCCUGCCGUCCCCGGUGAUGGAGCCCAGUCGUAAGAGGCCUGCCCCCUCCCAGCAGGUCCAGCAGCAGCAGCAGCAACAGCAGCAGCAGCAGCAGCAGGCCGUCCAGAACCGGGCCAGAAAUGCUAAGAGAAGGAAAAUGGCAGACAAGAUUCUUCCGCAAAGGAUCCGUGAGCUGGUCCCCGAGUCUCAGGCCUACAUGGAUCUGCUGGCGUUCGAGCGCAAACUGGACCAGACCAUCAUGCGCAAACGUGUGGACAUCCAGGAAGCACUGAAGAGACCGAUGAAGCAGCAAAAGCGUAAACUGAGACUUUACAUAUCAAACACCUUCAACCCUGCCAGACCUGACGCCGAUGACUCCGACGGUAGCAUUGCAUCAUGGGAGCUGCGAGUAGAGGGGAAGUUGCUGGACGAUCCGGGGAAGCAGAAGAAGAAGUUCUCAUCGUUUUUUAAGAGCCUGGUGAUCGAGCUGGACAAAGACCUGUACGGUCCUGACAACCACCUGGUUGAGGUCAGUUCCAAGAGGAAUCAGUGGCACCGCACCGCCACCACUCAGGAGACGGACGGCUUCCAGGUGAAGAGGCCGGGAGACGUGAGCGUGCGCUGUACUCUGCUGCUGAUGCUGGACUACCAGCCUCCCCAGUUUAAGCUGGACCCUCGCCUGGCUCGCCUGCUUGGCAUUCACACUCAGACUCGCUCCUGCAUCAUUCAGGCCCUCUGGCAGUACGUCAAGACCAACAAGCUGCAGGACUCCCAUGACAAGGAGUACAUCAACUGUGACAAGUACUUCCAACAGAUCUUCGACUGCCCUCGGCUGAAGUUUUCUGAGAUCCCUCAGCGCCUCACCAACCUCCUCUUGCCCCCCGACCCCAUCGUCAUCAACCACGUUAUAAGCGUGGACCCCAACGACCAGAAGAAGACGGCCUGCUACGACAUCGACGUGGAGGUUGAAGACCCCCUAAAGAGCCAGAUGAGCAGCUUCCUCCUCUCCACCGCCAACCAACAGGAAAUCGCCACACUCGACAACAAGAUCCACGAGACCAUUGAGUCCAUCAACCAGCUGAAGAUCCAGAGGGACUUCAUGCUUAGUUUCUCCAGAGAUCCCAAGGGCUACAUCCAGGACUGGCUCAAAUCCCAGAGCCGAGACCUUAAGUUAAUGACAGACGUGGUGGGGAACCCCGAGGAGGAGAGGAGGGCGGCGUUUUACCACGAGCCCUGGUCCCAGGAGGCAGUGAGCCGCUAUUUCUACUGCAAGAUUCAGCAGAGGAGACAGGAGCUGGAACAGGCCUUAGCUGUCCGCAACACCUAAGAAAAGGCCCCUCCUCAGUCUCUGCAAAUGAUUUCAGAGCCCUGUGUGUAUGUGUGUGUGUGUGUGUGUGUGUGUGUGUGUGUGUGUGUGUGUGUGUGUGUGUUUGAAUGUAUGUGUGUGUCGUUACAGUUGAGUGAAAUCCUCAUACCUCUUUAAAAAAAAAAAAGUAACUAAAGAAAAGCAGCCUUGAUUCAGGAGAGAAAGAGAAUGAGAGAGAAGGAGAUGAGAUGACAAUGCAAUUUCAGAUGCCCACUCCCCCCC